GCUCCGGCAAGCGGCUGGAAGCGGCUUCCCCCCCCGCGACGCCCGCGUGCCAAGCCGGGUGGAUUCACCCCCGCGAGCUGCGGGGCGCCCGCGCUCCUCUGCAGGGCUGGGGCGGGCGGCGCUCCCCGCUCCCGCCCCCCCCCGCUCCCGCAGUGGUGCGGCCCGGAGGUUAGCGGAAGCGGCCGCUCGGCGCUGCCAUGUUGAGCCGCCGCCGCCGCCGCUUUGUUGUCGGCUCCAUGUAGCUGGGGCCCGGGGGAGGGAGGGGGGAUCGAGCCGGAGUCGCCGCCGCCGACCAGGCCGCCGAGGCCCGGGAAGUCCCCGCCAUGGAGGCCAACUGGACCGCGUUCCUCUUCCAGGCACAUGAAGCCUCACAUCACCAACAGCAGGCAGCACAGAACAGUUUGCUGCCCCUCCUGAGCUCCGCUGUUGAGCCACCUGAUCAGAAGCCGAUUCUACCCUUACCAAUAACCCAGAAACCUCAGCCUGCACCAGAAACAUUAAAAGAUGCUAUUGUUGGGAUUAAAAAGGAAAAACCUAAAACCUCCUUUGUAUGCACCUACUGCAGCAAAGCUUUCAGGGACAGCUACCAUUUGAGGCGCCAUGAGUCCUGCCACACAGGGAUAAAGUUAGUGUCACGGCCAAAGAAAACUCCCACCACAAUGGUGCCCCUAAUCUCAACUAUUGCUGGCGACAACAGCCGAACUUCAUUGGUUUCAACUAUCGCAGGCAUCCUGUCAACGGUCACUACAUCUUCCUCUGCCACCAACCCCAGCAGUAGUGCUGGUGCAACAGCCAUGGCUGUGACUCAGACGGUGAAGAAGCCCAGCAAGCCUGUUAAGAAGAACCAUGCUUGUGAGAUGUGCGGAAAAGCCUUCCGGGAUGUGUACCACCUCAACCGGCAUAAGCUAUCCCACUCAGAUGAAAAACCUUUUGAAUGUCCAAUUUGUAAUCAGCGCUUCAAGAGGAAGGACCGCAUGACCUAUCAUGUGAGGUCUCAUGAAGGUGGCAUCACCAAACCAUACACCUGUGGUGUUUGUGGAAAAGGCUUCUCGAGGUACCAUGUAGAAAAUCCCAGGCGAGCUCAAGUAUUGGCUUUUCGUAAUCAAGAAGGGUUAAACUAUCAUAGCAAGGGGCUAGGAGAACCAGACAUCUUAGAAGAUUGGCCUGAUCACUUAAGCUGUCAUGUCAAACACGUUCACUCGACAGAGAGACCCUUCAAAUGCCAAACAUGCACUGCUGCCUUUGCCACCAAAGACAGACUGCGGACACACAUGGUGCGCCAUGAAGGAAAGGUAUCGUGUAAUAUCUGUGGUAAACUUCUGAGUGCAGCGUAUAUCACCAGCCACUUAAAGACACAUGGGCAGAGCCAAAGUAUCAACUGUAAUACCUGUAAACAAGGCAUCAGUAAAACAUGCAUGAGUGAGGAGACCAGCAACCAGAAGCAGCAGCAACAGCAGCAGCAGCAACAACAACAACAACAUGUAACAAACUGGCCUGGAAAGCAGGUAGAGACACUGAGAUUAUGGGAAGAAGCGGUCAAAGCAAGGAAGAAAGAAUGUCAAUUCACCUUUGAGAAGGCUAUAGAGUACGUACCAUUCGAAGCUGCUAACUUGUGCCAAACCUCCACUGCUGCUACUACGCCUGUGACUCUUACUACUCCAUUCAAUAUAACGUCCUCUGUGGCUUCUGGGACUAUCACAAACCCAGUCACAGUGGCAGCUGCAAUGAGCAUGAGAAGUCCAGUAAAUGUAUCAAGUGCAGUUAAUAUAUCCAGUCCGAUGAACCUAGGGCAUCCUGUAACUAUAACAAGUCCAUUAUCCAUGACCUCUCCAUUAACGCUCACAACACCAGUCAAUUUACCUACCCCAGUAACUGCUCCAGUGAAUAUAGCGCAUCCAGUCACUAUAACAUCUCCUAUGAAUCUCCAAACACCAAUGACGUUAGCAGGUCCAUUAAAUAUAGCAAUGAGACCGGUAGAGAGCAUGCCUUUCCUGCCUCAAGCCUUGCCCACGUCUCCUCCUUGGUAAAGAAUCUGUAAACAGUAUUAAAGGGGAUUAAAACUGAAUCCUUACCAGCAGGUUUUUUAGUUGUUGUUAAUAAUAAUAAUAAUAAUAAUAAUAAUAAUGUUAAUAAUGUAAUAAUAAAGUCAAACUAAAUAACUGGCUUAAUGUGCACCAGUUAAAGACCCUAAUAGCAUCUUUCCCUGUUGAUUUGGCUCAUCGUGUUCAAACUAGAGUUUGUAAUUUAUCACUUUGUUUAAAGCAAGUUUUACCGUUAGCUGACUAUGAUGAUGUUGAAAUAGGACAGGUGGUUACUUGCCACAGUUUAAAAACCAGUCAUUAAAAAUCAGCAUUACUGUUUUAUCCCAGAAAUUAUAAACUAGCAAAUGAUUUUAAUCCAAACACUAGCAAAGACCCCUCCAUAUGCUUGACAGGGUGGAUGGCUAAUUUUAACUUGCCAGUUCUAAAUCCACUGAUUCAGAGCUAGUGUAGUAUCUUUGUCUGUGUUAAUGUUUUUUUAUGAGUAAAUGCAUUACAAUGUUGUCAUUUUUUAAUGCAUUUUGGAGAAAAUAUGCAUUUUACCUUUGGGAAUAUGGUAAUUUCAGGCAGCAUUCCCUAUGGGAAAGGUGAUACCAGCUCUGAUAUGCAAAGCAUAUGAUAACUUAUCAUUCUAACUUCAACAUAUAAUAGGGAUUGUGACCUGAUAUUUGGAGAUGUAAAUAUUACCCAAAAUAUUACCCUAAGGAAAUGUAGCAUUGUAGUCAACUUUUUUUUUUUUUAAACUGUUAAUGUUUGGUAAGAAACAGCCAUGGCUGACAGAAGAGGAGUUGAAAUGUGUGUGAACAUGGUCUCUAAACAGUCAAAACCCUUGGGACUCUUAUCUAGGAGCAAAAGGAUGCUUUGAAUCUUAUAAAAUAUUGCUUUAAGCUGGAAGACUCUGGAAGCGCUGGGGUGUGAUGUAUAUGCCCUCUCUCUCCCAAUCAGAACCUGUUGAUGUUGCAGCAGGGGACAGACGUGUUAGUUGUUCACUAGAAGUUUUUGUCUUAUAUUAAAUUGUAUACAGUUUUUAUUCUAACCACUAACUAGGUAGGAUGACCCUUCAGGACAAGCCAAGAGCGUCUUUAAUUUCUCCCGUAUUUCUUAAUCAAGUGUUGUGCAGAUCUGUUCAACUUUGUAAAUAUUUUCAAACAUCAUCAUUUUUACUUUAUUCUUCUAUUGUGUUAACACAUUUCUAUCAAUUUGUGGUGUUUGUGGCAUGACAGUCUGAGCUGUCCAGCCCAGAAGUACUCCACAAAUGGUUACACAUGUUGAAACUACAUGUGCUUUUUAUUUCUUAGACUGUUUAUCUGUACAUAAAGUAGAAA